CCGGAUAAUGCACAGUGGCGCACCCAACAUCCAGGCAGUGUUCCGUUCACCCACCCCGAAUUGGUUCGUUUACAUGAUGUUGCGCCGUGCUGUUGUUGGUCGUGUCCCAACUCUCGCAGCCGUCCGUUCCUUUGCGACGACGGCGGAAGAUGCUAUGCGUAUGUCGCUUCUGAAGGCCCUUGAUGCCACCCACGUCCAAGUGGAUGACAUUUCCGGCGGUUGCGGCUCCAUGUACAAGAUCGAGGUGGUGUCGGCGGCGUUCGAGGGCAAGUCGCGGGUGGCACAGCAUCGGUUGGUGAACGAGGUGAUCAAGGAAGAGAUCGGUGGUAUGCAUGGGCUUACGGUGAAGACGUGGACACCAGCGCAGUUCAAGCCGACCUCGUCGCCAUAACGCCAGCUACGAAUCCCAUAUAGAACGAAUUGACCACCACCCAAAGUGCUCGAUUGCAUGUAAAGUUAGGUAGUUGCACGCUAACUAGGCUAUUAUAGAUGAUGCGGAAGGUCUUUAAUAGUUCGCCCAUUUCGCA